AUGCUGCUCGAUUCAGCGACAGCGGCAGCGCUCCCCUCGUCAGCUACCUGCUCCACUUCCGCCGCUCUUCACUCCACGACACCAUCCGCGGCUUUUCUCCGCGCGCCGCCUCCCGCCGCGCCAGCAUCUUCAUCACCUUCAUGGAUCCACCCGCGCAUCCAUCCCAUGCAUCCCCAUCUGCGCUCUCUUCGCUCCACCACUCCGUUUCUCGAUCCGAUUAGUCGCCGCUGUCUGCGGGUAGCCGUGGAUGUCGGCAGUUCUCGCCCGACGGGCGAUCGUCCCGUGUCGCCGCGUCAGCAUGACAGUGAGAGUGAAUCCGACGCUUCUGGCAAGUCGGACGCGCCAGGUGGGCAUCGAACGGCCGAGAAGGGUUCGGGGUCUACGGGAUCUGAAUCUGAAUCAACGCGUGCCGAGGGUGUGCACGCUGCUGGGACGAACGGAAGCCGUCGAUCUGUGGCCGCAUCCAACGGAUUGAGCAAGCACGUGGCGAACGAGGGACCGAUGGAAUCCUGGACUGCUACUAACGAGGAUGAGCAGCGUGCGGCGGGUUCCAGCGACUGGGUUUCGCCAGCGAAGCCCAAGGAGCAAGACCGCUCCAACGGACUCGGAACAGGCGUGACGGACCUAGCAGCGGGCUUCAUCGUGUGUGUGGGAGUGGCAGCUAUGGCCUUUAUGGGGUUCAAACGCCAGGCAGCUCGCCUUGCUCCAUCCGUGCAGCAUCAGCCUCCUGCCACCACUGUCGUCGUCACUACUGCUGUCACUGCGGCUGUAGCUACUCCAGUCGCUACCCCAGCUGUUAAACCUGCCACCGAUUCACAUGCGAAGCCAGCAGAAACAGGUGCACCCACCCUCGCUGCACCUGCACCAGAUACCACCUUUGUUAAGGCCAAGGACGCUCCUCCUGCUCCUCAUCUACAGUCUGUCGAUUCUGUAGUUGCUGAUGUAGUGUCAGAUACUGCAUCUGUGCCUUCUGCUGGCAAGCCAGCCCUUGACCCAGAGGCUAAAACCCCUGGUGCGGCCGGCACCACUGCAGCGGCAGUGGAUUCUGUGCCUGCUGCAUCCAAACCAGCUGAAACGGCAGCACUGGUAGCAACACCGGCUGAAGCAACAGCAGCGCCAGCUUCGAAUGAAGCAGCAGCAGCAGCAGCUCUUGAAGCUAUGAAAGAAGAAGCUGCUGCUGUAGCCCCCACUCUGGGCGAUGCAGUACGUGCGGCAGCGCCAGCUGCUUCAGUCGCGGAUGCAGCUGCUCCAGUUGCACCAGCGCUGUCGCCCGCCACUGACACCACUCCAGCAGAUGCUGCCAAGGAACCUCUCGUUCCUCUGCCUCUGCCUGUUCCCGUGCCCGUGCCUGUGCCUGUGACUGUGACUGAGAGUGCAGUACUAGUGGUGGAAGCGGCAGAACAAGGAGGCAGUGGCAGCAACAGCGCCAGCGUCAGCAGCAAGGAGGUGCAGAGGGGAAGCGCGAGUGAAACAAGGGUUGAGUCGGUGGAUGCGAGGGAGACAGCUUUGGAUGAACCUGCUGCUGUUGGUGUCUUUUUAGCUUCCGAUGAGAUUUCUUCUGCUGCUGCUACUGGUGCUGCUCCUGCAGCUGCUGCUGCUGCUGAUGGUGGUGGUCUCGCCGCUGCUGAUGCGAGCACUCAAACCCCUGUGCUUGCGGCACACGCAGCACUCGAGUCUCCUGUCAAUGCAGACAGUCCCAUGGCCUCUGAAGCUGUCUCUUCCCUUACUUCACCGGAUUCCGCCCAUGCUUCUGCUGUGCACGCUGCUGCAGCAGAUAAGCCUGCUGUGGCAGCCGAAUAUGCAGAAGCAGAGUCUUCUAAGCUGGCAGUGACGGUUAUAUCUGGUGAAGUGAAGGGGGAGGAGAGGGAGAAGGAGGGAUCUUCAAGGCAAGAAGGAGGAGGCAGCGGUGGAGUAGCAGUGAGUGCGGUGAUGGGCGGUGUGAAGGAGUGGUGGGAGAGGGUUGCAGCGAGUGCGUUUGUGCCUGCGCCUGUGAUUGAAGGCCACGUGGACGCCUCUAGCAUCUGCAGUCGCAGGGAGUUCGCACGAUGGCUCGUGCAUGCCUCCAACGCUCUUGCCAGUGACCCAGCGCACAGGGUGCAGCCUGCCAUGUACAUAGACGGCCUUUCCACGCCUGCCUUUGAUGACGUGGGACCUCUAGACCCAGACUAUGCGGCCAUACAAGGUCUAGCUGAGGCGGGGCUGAUAUCCAGCAAGCUAUCCUUCACAGACCUGGGCUGCCCCCGCACUGCCACCACCACCACCACCACCACCACCACCACCACCACCACCACCGCUCAGUCGUCCGACUCUUCUCAGUCUGCGUUCCGAGCUCGCCCAGGGUGCAACAGCGGCAGCGGCGCUCUCUUCCACCCAGACAGCCCGUUGACGCGCCAGGACCUGGUGUCAUGGAAGGCAGCUCUGGACUCGGUUGUGCAGCCACACGACGUCUCCAUGCUCGCCCAGCUCUCCUCUCAGGCUGCCAUCGCGCUGGCUGCUGCAGGCGAGGGGCGGGAGCUAGUGAGAGAAGCCGUGGGGAGAGCGAGAGCAGAGAGAGCUGCUGCUGCUGCGCUUGAAGCAGCACAGGAGGAGGCGGAGAGGAGGCAGAGGGAGGCCGUGCGGGAGAUGGUGGAGAGGGAUGAGAUGGUGGGGGAGGAGAGGCGGGUGAGGGAGGCGGUGGAGGAGGCAGGAGAGGCGUCCGUCCUUCAGUUGAAGUCCUCACUGCAGGAGCAGCAGCAGCAGGCGGAGAGGGAGAGGCAGCAGCAGCAGCAGGCAGCAGCAUCAGAGCAGGAGCGCGUGCAAAACGAGAUGCAGGCAGUGCGGCAGCAGUGGGAGGAGGUGCAGCGCAUGCUGGGACAGGCAGAGGAGGCAGCGCAGCGAGCGAGGGAGAGGGAGAGGGAGGUGCAAGGGGAGAAGGAGGCUCUACAGAAGGCGAGGGUUGAGGCGGAGGCAGAGCUUGUGGUGGUGAGGGCGGCAAGUGAGCAGGUGCAGCAGGCAUGGCGGGAGGUGGCAGAGAGGGAGAGGGAGGUGCAGGAGAGGGAGAAGCAGCAUCUGCUGCAGGUGAAGAUGAGAGAUGAGCAGCAGCAGCAGCAGCAGCAGCAGCAGCAGCAGCAGCAGCAGCAGCAGGAGGAGGAGGAGGAGGAGGAGGAGGAGGAGGAGGGGAGGGAGGGCCAGAGAGUGAGUCCAGAAGGAGCAGGGGCAGCAGGAGUCUCCACCACAGCAGCUGAUGCUGAUGCCAAUGCCAGCUCUGCUGAUUCCCCCAGUGGCCUCUCCUCUUUCAUCAACCGCAUCAUCUCCUUCUCACCCUUCUCCCACGCCCACCCUCCACUCGACCCCACUCCUGCCUCUGUGCCCCCGCCUGUUGCCGUGGACCCUAGCGAGUGGGGCGUGAAGGUUGCAGCUGAAGCAGCACACCGCAGCACAGCCCCUGCUGCUACUGCUGGUUCGGCCACUGCUUCUGCCAAUGCAACAACUGCCGAGGGUACUCGUGAGAGGCGUGGUGAUGGCAGGGAUUCUGAGCGGUCGGAUGAGCGGGAUACUGCGGGGACGGCAGCAUGGGGAGGGUUGAAGGAGAGAGGUGUGGAUCCAGAGGCUUGGAAGGCUCGUGCUUCGGAGUUGGUUCAGCCUGUGGGGGAGAGAAUGCGUGAGGCUGUGAGGGUUGCUGAGAAGGGUUGGGAGACGAUGGGGGAGAGGGUGGAAGGGUUGAAAAAGGAGGUGGGGUUGGCUCGUAUGCAGGUGGAGGUUGGUAGGGCUGCGGACGAGGCAGUGGCGAGAGGGAGGGGAAUGGUUGAGGAGGGGCGGAGAGCGGUUGAGGAAGGGGUGAAAGCAGUGGGAGGUGCAGGGGUAGUGGUGAGGGAGAGGGUUGGGGAAAUGGUGGAAAAGAGUGGGAAUAGAUUGAGUGAGGUGGUGCAGAGUGGAGGGAAGAAAGUGGAGGAGAUAAAGGAGAAGGUGGGUGGUGCUGUGGUGGAGGCAUGGAGCAAGAUGGCAGAUGGUGGGGAGGAGGGUGAUGCUAGGGGGAAGAGUGGGAGUGCGAGUUAG